GAAAGAGAAACGAGAAACCCGUUGCGCGGCAAAUGCAACGAGUGGGAAGUUCGAGAGGGUCGUCUUGAGCUUUUUGGUUAUUAUUCUCACCGAGGACCCGAGUGGUGGAAGAGUGACAGUAUAAAGAACAGACAUCAUGCCUGGAAUAUGUCCACGUUGCAACACUUCCGUCUUCUUCAAUGAGGAGAAGAUCGCCAUCGGAAAGCACUGGCACAUCAAGUGCUUCUCCUGCGCAAACCCUGACUGUCACAGAAAGUUGGACAGCAGCAACCUGACAGAGCACGAAAGUAACAUCUACUGCCGGUCGUGUUACGGAAAGUUGUUCGGCCCAAAGGGUUAUGGCUACGGUGGUGGCGCUGGUGUGCUCUCCAUGGAUACCGGCGAUAAAUACAGGCAUGGACCACCCACAUCAAAUAUCCCAGCAACAGCGCAAGCUCACGUGGCGCCGCGGAACGGAGCGGUAAAACCAGUAACAGCUCCACAGCCACGUUGGGGAGGAGCAGACAUCUGUCCUCGUUGCAAAAAGGCUGUCUACAUGGCAGAAAAGAAGAUGGGAGGAGGAGCUGCGUGGCACAUUUCCUGCUUCACCUGCCAGGCAUGCAACAAGAGAUUAGAGUCUACAAUUCUCUGUGAAAGGGAAGGAGAUAUCUACUGCAAAACUUGCUAUGGCAAAAACUUUGGGCCCAAGGGAUAUGGCUUCGGCAUUGGACCCGGCGUUCUUCAGGUGGCACCCUGAGUUAUCGUGUCAAGAAAUUUCUGAACCACAUUCUUUGUUCAGAGAUUCACAAUUUUCCUUCUCUUUCAUCAUCCCCAUAGGAGAUGUUGCCUUUUUGUCUCCUCAACUACUUCCUGCAGUAAAACACAUAAAAAGUACAAGCACAUAACUGUGCCUCAACAUGGGGUCACUUCACUCAAACAUUUCAGUAGCAUUCCCUCUUUUUUUAAAUUAUUGUUACUACUUAACAGCUGCUAAUGGGACCAACAGCAGAUGAGUUACAAUCUGCACCAUUUAAAGAGCAAUAACAAAUAUAUUUUGUAAUAUAUACCUUUGCUACAUAAUAUACAUUCACAUACUGUAGAACCAUUUCAAAAGCAGGAGUUUGUACGCUCCUAACUUUAUAUUGUGCCUUCGAAUGCAGCUACAUACAGCUUUACGUCCUUCAUUGCUCCAGAUGAGAAUACCGGGCAUGACUUCUGAAAGCUCCGUUGUACAGUGCUGCUGCAAAAGUGCAGUCCACAUGAACUAUGUCACUGUACAUGAAGAAUGUUAUGCACCACAUUACCAUUACCUGCACAUUCACAAACCUGUAGGUCGCAGAAUGUUCAGAAAUUAAUUGUCCCGCUUUGGCCGUGGCUAAAUGAAGAUCGGUGUGUCAUGAGCAUUGUCUAUUUAUUAACCAUAAUUAAUUAGGGUUGUACCGCUUAACCACUAGUUUACUAGUAUGUUUUCCUGUACGUGUUAAACUUUUGUUUUUAUUCCUCGUCUUUGGUAGCAAUAUAUACACAAUGACAGCAUCAAAUACUUGAGAUAUGUUAACCAGACUGUUACUGCUCACUGCUUCGUGAACUGUGUAACCAAAGAACAUAUAGCAGCCUAUUACGCAUUUGUAUAUUAGCAGGUCUUCCACGUUUGCAAGAAAUAUUGGCAACGUGGUAUCGCCAACUGUAGAUUCACUUUGUUGUAAUCUUGGUUUUUUUAUUUUAAAUUGCAUUUGUAUUGUACAAUAAACAUUUCCAACAAAAUCUA